AUGCAAGAGAUGUUUUCAGUGUAUAUGGAAAGUCGCGCUCAGAUGCCGUUCAUUGAGUUGUAUAUUGAGUUUGAGCAAUCUGAGGCCGACCGAAAUAUCGAACGAGAAGAUUACAAUAGUGAUAGUGAAGAAGAGUUUGAAAGCAAUUACGAAGUUGUUGGUCAAGAGGGAGAUAAAGUUCAAGGUGACGGCACUUGGGAGGCAAGUGUGACGGACGUGGCAAAUGCGUUGGCGAACGACCAUCCGUUUGAGGAACCAUCUUUCAUGCGAGCGUUGGAUUUGGAAGCCAUGCAUGCUCCGGAGUUUCCUGAAUAUAUGAAUGCAGGUACGACUGUUUUUGUGGCAGAAAUUUCUAUUGUCGCAGAUGGUGAAUUUCCUGUUGGAAUGGAAUUCAGUUCCAAGGAAGCUGUUAUUAUGGCGAUGAAAGAUUAUACUAUUCGAAGAGGUGUAGACUAUAGAGUGUAUGAGUCGGAGCCGCUAACCUUUUACGCCAAGUGUAUGCAGUAUGGAUCAGGUUGUGAUUGGCUUAUCAGGGUUAGCAUGAUCAGCAAAAAGUACUGUUGGGUUAUAAGGAGGUAUAAUGGUAGUCACACUUGUAAUAGAGCAACCAUAUCACAGGAUCAUUCGAAGCUGGAUUCGAACACUAUUGCAGAAGCGAUAAAGCCGUUGGUUGAGGCUGACCCCUCGAUAAAGGUGAAAUCAGUUAUUGCGGAAGUGCAGUCAAAGUUCAAUUACACCAUCAGCUAUCGAAAAGCAUGGUUGGCUAAGCAAAAGGCAGUGGAAAAAAAAUUUGGAUGUUGGGAAGCAUCGUACGAAACUUUGCCCAUAUGGUUUGAGGCAAUGUGUCAUAAGGAUCCAUCAGCAUUCGUCUAUUUUGAGACUAUGCCUGCAUAUCAAGGUGAUGACUUGGUUAUUGAUAUCCGGGUGUUGUCUCGAGUCUUCUGGAGUUACUAUCCAUCUAUUAGAGCAUUCAGACAUUGUAAACCCAUUGUCCAGGUAGAUGGGACCCACUUGUACGAAAAGUAUAAGAGUUGUCUGUUGGUUGCAGUUUCACAGGAUGGUAACAACAAUAUUGUCCCAAUUGCAUUUGCUAUUGUGGAGGGAGAGACUUCUGAUGCAUGA